AUGAGCAAUUCAAGUAGCGCAAACAUACCUAAUGAAAGCGAUCCUGAAUAGGACUUUGCUAAUUUUGAUAAUAGUUUUUAUAGUUAGAAACUCAUUACUUUAGGAGAAGAUAAAGAUGAAAUGCUGAGUUCAUAAAGAGAUUGGGAUGAACAGGAUAUUAAAGAAAUUGAGGAAAUUAGAUCAAUAGAGUAGGCCGCAAGUAAAUAUAGUGAAAAAAGAUAAAUAUCUUAAACAGAUGAACAAGCAGCUAUUAAAAUAUAAAAAGUGUGGAGAAGAUAUAAAACAAGAUAAAUUUUAAGCUAUUAUUAAGAUUAUUUUAAAAAAGAGGAAGAAUAAGCAGAAUUUAAUUUAAAUGAUUUACAUUAAAGUCAAAUUCAAGAAUUAAUAAAGAUGGGUUACAUAAAAGUUGAUUCAAAAGGAUAAAUUUAAUUAAUAGAUAAGGACCAAAGUGAAAAAUCUUCAGACUCUUCAAUAUAAAAUAAGAAUAAAAAAGCAAAAUUAAUUAAAGAAGAAGUACCAGAAGCGCAAAAAUAAAUAUUUGCUGCACAUUCCUAUUAAGAUUACAUUGAAGGCUUUAGUGAUUCAAUAGAUAGUGAAGAAAAGAAAACUACUGAAAAAAAGCAAUUCCUAUCAGCAAUUUCAGAAUAACAAGAAAUGGAAAACUGCAGAGAAAGUACUGAAAAGAAUUCAUUGAUUAUGAAUCAAUAAAUAACCUUCAAAAAAAAAAAGAGAUUGUCAAUUGAUGUUGAUGAAAUUGAAAAGGAAUAUUAGAAUUAAUAAUAAGUUGAAAUUGGAGAAAUCAGAUGUGCAAUUGGAUCUGAAUCUCUUAUUAAAAGUUUAUCUUAAGAAGAUUAGACUUUCAAUUAAGAGAAGAGCAUCUUCGAAUAAACUUCAUUUUAAGAUUUUGUUUCGGUUAAAUUCAAAGAGUUCAUGUCAAGAGAUAAAAUGGAUGAACUAAUAGUAAUGAGAGAGAAAGUACUUGAAGAAAGACAUAAAUAAUAAAUUAAAACAAUAAAUGAUGCCUAUUAAAACUAAUAAAUAUCUCCUAAGACUUAUGAUUAAUAGAAUAGAAAACUUGAAAAAUGGGUAACAAAACAAAGAAAAGAUUUGGAAAAGAAAAAAAAUGAGAUUAUCAAGGGUCAAUAAAGCACUUAUGAGACUGUAAUGAAAACUCAAAGAGAUCUUCUAUUUAUGAAAUAGAUAUCUCAAUCGAAUUCACAAUCUUACAUAAAGAUUAUAGAUAGUUUUAGUUAAGAAUCUGUUUUAUAUUCAGAAUAAUCAUUAAGAAAUAGUAUUAUAGACAUUCAAAAUUAAAACCUUCAAUAAUUUUAACAUUAAUUACCAUAAAAAUCAUCCUUACUUAGUGAAGAAGAUUUAAGCAAAUCAUAAAAUUUUGAUGAUGAAGUGAUUUUUAAAAAUAACUCAAGUCCUUCUAAUCACUAGUUUGCAGAUUAUGAACAAGAGCCAUUCAAUCUGCAUUUGCUAGCCUAAUCUCAAGUUUUAAGAGUCUCAGACAUUGUAAGAGAUUAAUCUAAGAUGUCUGAAAAGUAGGCAGAAUCAUACUCUAUCCUCAUUUCAAAUAUGUUGAUAGUUUAGGAAAUUUAAUUGUUCUGCUAAGAACUUGGCAGACAGAAUAUUGAUAUUUUUGAAUUAGUUACAAAAGCAUUGAUCAAUAGGCCCCCAUCUUAAUUGCAAACAUCUUAUGGAACAAACUAAAACAAAGGCUUUAAAACUGGAAUUCCAUAAGUCAAGACUUAUUUAAGUCAUUUAACAGAGUUUAUGCUUUGCAAUUUUAAAGAUGAAGUGUUAGCCAAAAUAAAUGUUCCUUUAGGACCUUCAUCAAAAGAUAUGCUGAAAUUCUUACAUCCUAUUUCUGAUUCAACCAUUUUAUCCGAUGAGGAUUCUAAUUAGAAUGAGAAUUACUUGUAAAAUAUCAUAAUGACUGCAGAACUAUUUGGUACUUUUGAGAGAUUUUUAAUAAAUGAAUAAAUUCUGAAGAGCCAAACAUCUUAAUUACUUGAAUUGGAGCAUAUUCAUAAUAAAGCAAUAUUCGAUGCUUUGAAUGAAGCUUUAGAUUAUCAUAGACCUUAUGGGAUGGCAGGAUAACCUUAUGCUUGGAAAUCUGAUGCUGGUAGAUUACAGUUUCGAAAAAAGAUUAUUAGUGAUAUGCCAAACAUAAUAAAAUCUAGCUUAGAUAAAGUUUUGGAAUGGUGUCAUUAUUUAGUUGGAUUUCUAAUUGAUAAAGAGGAUUGUCCAUAUCCUAAGAUUCUGAUGUUUGAUCAAGAGUGUCUAGCUUAAAUAAAAGAAGAUAGGAUGAUUAGAAUGCUAUCUGCUGAGAUUAUUGAAAAUGAAGAUAGAUGGAUAAGCUACGAUGAAGAACAAACUGUAGUUGCAAUCGACUUAUCAGAUAUGAUUUUUGAUCAUUUACUUGAAGAAUUACUUUAAGAAAUUCAUUGA